AUGGGAGAAAAAGACGAAACAGCUGCAAAGGGUGGCACCCUCGAUGCCGAUGCAGCGCAACCGACCACCGCACCAAAUUCAGAACCCCCAGACGGCGGUUGGGAAGCCUGGCUCGUAGUCUUCGGUUCCAUGAUCGUCCUAAUCCACACCUGGGGCCUCGUCAACAGCUUCGGCGUCUUCCAAACCUACUACGAAACCGAGCUCCUCCCCACCAGCUCCUCCUCGGACAUCUCCUGGAUCGGCAGUCUCCAAGCAGCCCUGCUCAUGAUGGGCGGUGUCGUGUCAGGACCUCUCUUUGACGCAGGCUACUUCCGCGCACUGCUCCUGAGCGGUCUCUUCUUCGUCGAGUUCGGCACCUUCAUGACUUCCCUUUGCACGUCGUACUGGCAGAUCGUCCUGGCGCAGGGCAUCUGCGUUGGUCUGGGCUGCGCUCUCAUGUUCCUCCCGUCGGCGGCCAUUCUCGGCCAUUACUUCGUUAAGAAGCGCGCCUUCGCCUUUGGUGUGCAGUCGGUUGGCUCGCCCAUUGCGGGCAUCGUCCUGCCUAUCAUCUUUGGCCGACUGCAGCCGCAGAUCGGAUUCGCCUGGACUACGCGCGUGAUCGGCUUUAUUCUUACGGCGCUCGCCGCCAUUCCCGUGGUUUUCAUGAAGACGCGGGUGCCGCCGCGGGCGCACACAAGGGCCUUCGAUAAGAGCGCUCUCUACGACUGGCCGUUUCUCAUCUUCAGCUUCGGCGGGUUUCUGGCCUUUGUCGGGCUAUAUGUGCCCUUCUUUUAUUUGCAGCUUUGGAGUAUCGACCACGAAAUAUCGUCCCUCGAGUUCUCGCCGUACUUCGUCACGCUGCUCAACGCCGGGAGUAUUUUUGGGAGACUGAUACCAAACUAUAUUGCCGAUUACGCUGGAUCCGUCAACGUCCUGAUUAUCAUCACAUUUCUGGCGGCCACGCUUGACUUUGCUUGGCUAGGAAUUACUAACUUUCCAGGGGCUGUCAGUUUUGCGAUAUUAUACGGCGCCUUUUCAGGCGGGGUUGUCGGUGUCCUACCCAGUGCACUCGUGCCACUGAUCCCGGAUCUCAGCAGAUUUGGAACCUGGAUGGGCAUGUGUUUCUUCGCGUCGGGCUUGUCUGUAUUGGUGGGAACUCCAAUCGGAGGUGCGAUCCUUGGCCAAGGUGGAGAGGCGGCGUGGAAGCGCAUCAUUGCAUACUCGGGCGCUAUGUUGUUGGCGGGCGGGCUGACAUGGACGUUGUCACUUUUCUUGCACCGCCGCAGACAGUUGAGAGCGAGGAAAACGUGAGUUGAGGGAUGGCAAUAAUGGUGGAAAUACGGGUUAGACUCAACACAUACAUCCAACCGUCAUACAUGGGAAGCACACCGGAAGCGCUGGUGAAGCCACCUGCUGCUUGGUCAAUCAUAUGCUAUAAGCUUGGGUGAUAGCUUUAGGAUCAUCACUUUGGUUGCGGGUAAACGGCACAUGUCGAUAGGGUUCUUUAAUAAGUGAAACUUCGCAGGGACGUUGCGAGUGCCAAUGGCGGCAGGUGACAUUCAGCUAGGCGCCUGA